AUGUCGGCCCACUCCGAACUGGUUUACCCGCCUUUAGGGUCAGCAAGGCACAGCUUCCGUUUGUUGCGAGUGCUGCUUAGCCGUAGUUGCACCUCACCCAUUCAAUGCGAACUGUUCGCGGCAGACCUCCAAAAUCACGUCGACACUUUCACAGCUUUGUCAUAUGUGUGGGGACCACCAGAGCCAUCAUAUGUCAUCACAGUCAACGGGGCCACGCUCGUCGUCCGGAAGAACCUUAGGCACUUCCUCGAAGCCAUUCGUCCAAGACGCAAGAGCCGAGUUGUCUGGACAGAUGCGGUCUGUAUCAAUCAGCAGGAUGUAGGAGAAAGAAGUAGUCAGGUUCAGAUGAUGGGCGACAUAUACGCGAAUGCGAAGAUGGUUUACAGCUUCCUGGGUCAUGAUCAACACACCGAAGCGAUACUCAAGAGCAUCAAGAGCAAUUGGCUGCUUCAUCGAUACAACCAAGAAACGACCAGGAUUUCUUGGAACGAGCUGUCACAAGUAGAUUAUUGGACCAGGCUAUGGAUUGUGCAAGAGUUCACCUUGGCGAAGAAAAUUUGCUUUGUAGCUGGACACACGACGAUGCCCUUUUCAUACAACGACUACUGGUCGGCCAAGCAUGGAAAAACAUCACACAAACUCUACCCAAGUCUGCACAGGAGGCGUCAGGGAGCUUCCGCGGAAAGCCGAACAAUGGCGGGAAUGAUGGACGAUCACCAAAGCGGACUGCAGAAAGCCUAUGAUGAUAACUUUGAGGAUUUCUUUGAUCUAUAUGGUACAUUACACUGUGCUCUUCCACAAGAUCGAGUGUUCGCUUUGCUUUGCUUACUGAUGCAAAGUUCAAGGGAGCGUAUCCAUGGCGAGGACAGCACCCAACUCGCGAAGCUCAUUGACUACACAGUAUCACCGUAUGAUCUCUUGUGGAACAUCCUUCAAUUUCAGCAUUUAUUGUUGUCAGAGCCCUUGAGGUUCAUAUGGCAAUACAAACUCAACGUCAUCCAGGGCUCGCAAGACGUCGGGAGGAUGAAACGUAUCCGGCUAGAAUUUUGUCCAAUGGUCCAGCUUUCGGUAUCACCAGCUAUUGCUUGCGCCAGUGAGCAGCUCAGUAACGUGCAAUCGCAGUUGUACUUUCGGAAACUCAACUUCCUAGAUGCUUCUUGCGAAAAUGCACGCUUCACUGUUUUCCAAUACUCAUGGUCCAAUGAUAUGCCACGGCAUUACGUUCUGGUGAAGCGUUUGCGCAGGAGAUCUCGGCAUACUCACGCAAAAGCUGUAAGAUAUCUAGCACACACGUGUGUCCUGGUGCAGUCGUGCGGAGGGGAGUGCGAGAGAGGGUGUAAGGGCCACACCAUCAUCGGGUUUGCUCAGGUUUACACGACUGCACACUACGACAGACCUCCAUUUUAUGUUCGUGACGCUCAUUUUUGCGACGAAGAUGACCUGCGUAUGAAAAUCCACCCGGGCAAGUAUCUUGAGCGACUGGUUCAAAUGGUAACCUUACCGGUCCUUCCGUCCUCCCUGGAGGGCGCACCGUCACUUUUCCAUGCCGGCAGUCAGGGGGUGGAUCGCAAUAGAUCCAGUACCUGCCCCCGGUAUUGGCUUUCGACCACGGUAGACUCACUUGUACGACUCUCAACUGCCGCAGUGAAAAUCGAGGAUGCGUUUCUCCGGACAUAUACGUACGUUCCCAUAAUUUGACGCGGAUUUCGAAGGUUCUAUGUUAACAAGAGCAGCAAUGUUUUCUGA